GUUAAUACAUGCUAGGCCCUAUGGGCCAGCGUUGGGAUUAUUAUUAUUAUUAUUCUGGGACCACGACUCGACUAGCAUGGACCCCAAGAUCAUGCGCGACUUCCGUCGCAUUGUAAAGAAGACGUUCACCAGUGUGGCGGACCAGGCGCAGGUGGAGAGCGAGCUGCAGACGUUUCGCAACAAGGAGGGCGUGUGGGCUGACGCUGGCGACACGGCUGAGCUGAACCGGCAGAAGGUGACCGGCGGCAGCUGGCACGAGAUGUACAGCUCCGGCGCUCCGCUCCUCUGCAAGUUGGCCAUGCGGAUUCUGUCGCAGCCUUCCUCGGCGUGUGCCUGCGAGCGGAACUGGAGCACGUACGAGUUCAUCCACAGCCCACGCCGCAACAAGCUGCAGCCCGGGCGUGCAGCAGACCUGGUGUACGUGUUCUCCAACCAGCGCAUCCUCGACAAGAUGAAGAAGCCCGGCUACCAGCAGGAGGUGGUGCCCUGGCGGAACCGCUGGGAGGAGGAGGAGGAGGAGGAGGACGUGGCGGAGGACGCGGCGGAGGACGGCGCGGAGGAGGGGAGCGCGGCGGAGGAGGUGGACGGUGGGGACACUGACGAUGAAGUGGAUGCCGAUGACGAUGAGUAGCAUAGGGCAUUGGGCACAAGUACCCAGGGCAUGCUGAGCGCAUAUUCGUGACAGUCAGAUGUAUGCAGAUGUGGGCUGUGGGAAGACAGGUACAUGACAAUAAUGUUUAGCCGUGCGACAGGGGGCCACCGUCUUGUUAUUUAUGUUCGUACAUAAUAUGUUGCAUUGAAUUAUGCGUGAUGAACAAUGGCUUGCUCAAGCGUGACCGUUCAUGGCGUGUGCCCGUGAGGGGUUUGGACCGUCGUGAAUCGUUUGCGUCGAAUGUGCAGUUGGCCAGGCCGCAAGGGGCUGGCUUGCAUCUGGACACGUUGGUCUCGUGCACAACACUUGAAUGCCAGAACUAGGCUUGUCUGCAGUCGCCUGAAAGUGGGUUGACGAGUGUUGCGGAACUAAGGCGUACGCAGACCAGAGCGGAAGGCGGAGUGGGCUUGCAGGCGGCACGAGAGUAGGCAGUCAGUAGCGCAGUUGCGCAUUCACAUGUUACCUCGUAACCGAUGGUGAACGCUGUGGACGGUCGCUGGGGGUGGCGCUGUGCAUGUGAUGGGCGCCCCAUAACCAGUGCAGCACGUGCAAGAUCCGUCAGCACACGGGAGGGCCGAAAGCUUGCCAGGCUGCCAGCCUGCCGCCAGUGCGUGUUGGCCUGUGCCGCUGCUGCGAGCGCAUGUGUAAGGACCCCUUUCC